GAAAAGCAUAAUUUUGACUGUCACGACAUAGAUUCCCCCAGCCCUCUUUACUUUCUUUUUCUUAAUUCUAUUUAUUUUUAUUUUUAUUUUAAAACCCAAUUAGCAAAAUCAUAUAGUUUUAAGAUCCCCCCCCCUUCUUCAAUCUAGUAUAUACUGUUAGAACAAAAAAAAAAAAAAACAUAAACUCUCAUCACUGUUAUAGCUGUUCCCUUGCCCCGACAACCUUAAAUCCAAAGUCUUAAAAUUUUCAUUGAUGUGGGUCUUGUUUUUCAUGUUUUUUUGAUGGAUACUUUGUUUAGGUUAGUAAGUCUUCAAUCAUCUGAUCAAUCUUUGAAUUCUAGUAGAACAUCAAGCAGUUCUCGAUCUUCAAAACAAAACCAUCGUUACCAUCAUCAUCAUCAAGAAGAAGAAGAUAACGAAGAAUGCUUCAACGUUUUCAUGGAUGAAGAAGACUUUUCUUCGUCUUCUUCUAGGAAUUAUUACCCUUAUUAUCCUUACCAGCAACAAAAUCAACCCCAUACCCAUUCUUCCUCCGUCGGCGGCGGCGGAGGUGGUGGUAGUGGAGGAGUAGCAGCCGUUACGACUCCCACUAACACUUCCACCCCCACCACUACUCAUGCUUUUGAAUCUUCUGAUUAUUCAACUGCUGCUUUUUCUUUUUCAUCUCCAGCUCGUGAUUUGAACAACUUUGAUUUCUCCGGCAAGUGGGCAACCGAUGUGUUGUUGGAAACGGCGACGGCUAUUGCUGAUCGGAACAGUGGACGUGUUCAACAGUUGAUGUGGAUGUUGAAUGAACUUGGUUCACCUUACGGUGAUAUUGAUCAAAAGCUGAGUUCUUAUUUUCUUCAAGCUUUGUUCAGUCGUAUGACGGAUUCCGGUGAGCGUUGUUACCGGACUUUAUCAUCGGUAUCGGAGAAAACAUGUUCGUUUGAAUCAACGAGGAAGAUGGUAUUGAAAUUUCAAGAGGUAAGUCCAUGGACUACUUUUGGUCAUGUUGCUUGUAAUGGUGCAAUCAUGGAAGCUUUUGAAGGUGAAAGUAAAUUACAUAUAAUUGAUAUAAGCAAUACAUAUUGCACUCAAUGGCCUACUUUACUCGAAGCCCUAGCUACCCGUAGUGACGAUACGCCGAGUUUAAGGCUUACAACUAUCGUCACCAACAAAAACGGCGGCGUUUCAACAUCCGGCGGUGGAGCCGCCGUCCAAAAAGUGAUGAAAGAAAUAGGUAAAAGGAUGGAAAAAUUCGCUAGAUUAAUGGGAGUUCCUUUUAAAUUCAAUGUUGUACACCAUACCGGUGAUUUAUAUGACUUAGAUUUAUCAAACCUUGAUGUUAAAGACGAUGAAGCUUUAGCCAUCAACUGUGUUGGCACAUUACAUUCGAUCAUGGAUACUCGUCGGGACAUCGUUAUAUCGAGUUUCCGGCGAUUACAACCGAGGGUAAUCACCGUCGUAGAAGAAGAAGCCGAUCUCGAUAUCGGUGUCGAUGGGGUCGAGUUCAUUAAAGGUUUCCACGAAUGUUUAAGAUGGUUCAGGGUUUAUUUUGAAGCUUUAGAUGAAAAUUUCAAUAGAACAAGCAACGAAAAGUUGAUGCUUGAACGAGCCGCCGGCCGGGCCAUCGUUGACUUAGUGGCUUGUUCGCCGGCAGAGUCGAUAGAGAGGCGUGAACCAGCCGCGCGUUGGUCAAGGCGGUUCCAUGCAAGUGGGUUCAGUCCUGUGGGUUUGAGUGAUGAAGUCUGUGAUGAUGUACGCGCCUUGUUGAGAAGGUAUAAAGAUGGUUGGUCGAUGACACAAUGCCCUGACGCCGGAAUAUUCUUGUCGUGGAAAGAUCAGGUGGUGGUUUGGGCCAGUGCAUGGCGGCCUUGACGACGGCGACCGGUGGCAGAUGGCGUUUUUCUUUUCUUUUCCUUUUUGUUGCAUGGCAAGGGGAGUGGUUCACACGUGUGUUAUGGUUUUUUCUCGUACGUGUAAUGUGUAUUGGCGUAUUUUUUCUUUAUAAUAUGGUAUUGGGGAGUGCCAAGAA